AUGAAUGAUGAUAGCACAUCCAACUUUGAUGAUGAUGUAGUGGCCAGCUCGCAUCACGGAAUUCAAUUGCCUGGCGCGGCGGCGCCAGGGCAGUCCGAUGCGCUGGUGGGGGGCUCACAUGGAGCGCACGCGCAUGCUCAUGUGCAUCCGCACACACACGGUCAUCAUGGAACUCCGGGACGUCUGGGUUCGGCAACCACGGCCAACCAGGAGCAUCUCCGACUCCUGCUCAAGCACACGGGCUUGGAUGACGGGUUGAUAGGCAACAUCCUCAAGACGUUGCGAAUGCCGCUGACGACGCGGCUGGGCCUGCUUCUGACGGGUAACGACCUGGAGCGCCAGCUUGUCAUGUCCUCCAUGUUAGUGUCCAUGGACAUUUUGCAAAACCUGUCUCCCUUGCUGGCAAAGCUACUGGCCGAGCCUACCACACCCGUGGCCAGCACACACGCCGGUGCUGCUGCUGCUGCUGCUGCUGGUGGUGGUGGUGGGCAGAUGCCCAUGUCCGCAGGUCUAGGCCCUGACGCGAGCAUACCCAGUGCGCUCAACUUGGGGUCAACCUCAACCGCAGAUGCUGCCGCGGGGCGACCGAGACGUAAAAAGUCCAAAAUUCAUUCUUCGCUCAAAGAGGUGGACGAUGGCCUGCAUCGACUUUACAACGACAAAUUCAAAGCGGGCCCAGUACUGCUCAUGCUGAUCUUCUCUGGCUAUCAGCCGGAGCAGGUGCAGUGGGACGUGUCGGCCGACCCGCAGCGGUUUGUCAUGCCGGCUUUUGAUGACUUGCUGCGGGCCAUCAACUCUUUAUUGCCGCCAUAUCAGUUUUUGCCCGAUCUGGCCAAGCAAAAGCAUGCAUCCAUGGCGCUGAUCCACGAGUUGAUGCAGCGCAUGAAGCUGUUGCAACAACGCUUUUUCCACAAGCUCCUGGGCCUGGGGUAUGGCAAGUCCCGGGCAGACGGCAAGGUUCUGCUGCUGGACGAUCCAGACUUGCCCGUGACGGAUGGCAAGGCGGACGUGGCCGUGCCUUAUGGCACCUACAUCAAAUGCUUGCUGCGUUUUCACGUGGCCAACGUGCGGCGCGCGGGCAAGUACAAUCUGGCAAUUUUGGAUCUGUGCAUUACGCACGCUGAUCAUCGCUUCAUAGCUUCGACGGCUCUCAUCUAUCUUGUGGCGAAGGCCGACUAUUUUGACGAGGAUGGCAAGGUGGACUUUGCCAAGAUUCGGAACCUUAAAGCCCACGAGAACUUUCGCUUCCGUUGGCAGCAGCGCCUGGGCGAGUACAUGGAAGCACCCGAGCUGGUGGAGGGCCGCAGCAAGCUGUUUAGACUGGUGGCAGAGGCGGCACCCGAGUUUUGGGCCGCUGCGUCGGCAGCGGAAGCCCACAAGACCGUGGCUGACAUCGUCAAGGCCUGGCGGACAGUAGUGCAGUCCUAUUUUGAUUUCCUCCCGGCCAAUUCCGUGCCGCCACCACCAGGCAGCACGGCGACCAUUGUGCCAAGCGCCACUCGCGUCCUCGAGCGACGCCAGUGCGCACCUUUAGCCAUGGCCCCGAUUCGCGUUUGCGCCGUUGUGGUUCAUGUUUGGUCUUUGUUGAUGAUCUGUGCCGUGGUUGGAGAGGCAGCAUGCCCGGCAGGCCACGUUUGUCUGGCCGUGGGCGACAAUCAUGACCUACUUCACGGUGAAUUGCAGCUGGAGCCCCAUGCCCGCUUUGGAAAGGGCGUCGCCGUCUUCUCCGACAACCAGGAGCUCACCCAUGGUGUUGAAGCCACCGCCAACCCGUGCCCACAACAACCUCGGUGGUGGACGGGUCGCAUCCCCGAGCGGCACCAGGCUGGCGUCUACGCUAGCGUUCGCGUAACUCGCACCUGCCGUGAUGCCUGCCUUUGCGCCGACUACCUCUUUGAUGGCUUUGUCUACCUCGAGAGUGGCCGCGUCUUGGCGCUGCGCGCCGACGCCACAAGCCUCAAUUUGACCCGAGAGUUGGAAAACGACCCGGCUACUGAAGCAGAGCGUCGCACUCGAGCCCAGCUCACAGAUCAACUUUCCACCCAAGCCCAGCACUGCCUCCACGCCGCACCCCAUGACCUCCGUUACGCUGAGCCCGACAAUGCUGACAAUGCGUCCUUUCCGCAUCCGCGAACGCCUCGAGCGGGUCCCGCCUCCAGCCUCCAAACGACCUGCAGCCUGGCCCUGGACUGUGACGCAAGCUUUGUUGCCGCUUGGGGCGGCCUUGGUUCCCGGUCGCAGCAGGCCAUCUUCGCCGCUGCCCGCAUGCUCGACUACAUGUUCCAGGUGGACCGCAUUUUUCAGGACGAAGCCAAUCUUCGCGGCUCCUUUGCUAUACGCAUUAAUGCCAUUUUUGUGCACCACAAUCUCAACUUGCGCGACGGCGGCAGUGACGGUGCAGGCGUUGCCGGCCUAACGUUUUUACACAACUAUCAAACGUGGCUGGUCGCGGCCAGUCGCAAUGGCUCUCGCGCUCAAACCUUCUCCGCCAACUGCCUCAAUUUUCUCUUCAGCCACGAGAAUCUUCAGGGUGUCCUCGGGGUGGCCAUCGAGGCCUCGCCGCGCAGCGACAUCCUGGGUGGGGUCUGUACAAGCGUUUCUGUGAGCUCGCUCGCCCUCAAUGUUGGGGUCAGCACGACUCGCCUCUCCAACUCCCAGCACACGGCUGCGUGGCAAACCGUGCUCUCCACAACACACGAAAUUGGCCAUACCAUUGGCGCCCGUCAUACUUGUGAACUCUCCUCGACUGACGAGAGCGAGCUAUGCAACGCCGUGAUUGGCUCAUCAAGCUGCGCACCUACUGCCGGCCAGGGUGGCAACUACAUCAUGUACCCAGCUGUCCCGCUGGACGACACCCAUGCCAAUGCUCGGCUGUUCUCCUCCUGCAACAUUGAUCGCAUGCUUGCUGUGCUGGACAACAAGGGCAGCUGCCUCGAGGAGCCUCAUCCUUGUGAUGUUGGCUCGGGGAGCUGCUGUUUGGGCCAGCUUUUGUUACCGCAAGGAGCGGUGUGCGACACAGAUUUCAUCGACGAGACGGGUUGUCUCGAGGCUCCGGUUUGUGAUGGCAGCUCUGCAACAUGUCCCCAACCCACCGUCCGUGAGGACGGGCUGUAUUGCUCGACCGCCAGCGUGCCGCGCGGUACCUGCCAGAGUGGCAUUUGCGUUGUGCCACACGCCGCCUCCUGCGCUGCCCUCAACCUCUCUGCUUGCUUCCUGGAAGAGGCUCCAUGCGUGGCGGCGUGUCAAAAUGGCACCGAGGAGGGAGGUACAUGCCGGCCGCUGACACCAAACUGCCCAGGAGACGCUGCGCUGCUGACGGCCUGGAGCGACGCCGGAGAAACUUGUGCGGCGCUUCCGAACGACAUGCCCUGUGCACACACGGCCGGAGAUGCAGACAGCGGCACUUGCUACGAGGGGGAAUGUGCGACCUGUGAUGCCGCUUGCCAGCUGGCUCGCACUCUUGACGUGGCACAGUUGGUGUGCAACGUCAGCCAGCUACGGACGACCGUGUGCUCGGUGCCUUGUGGUGGCGGUGAGGACACCACCACGUACGCUUGCAUCUGCAACAAUGGGGUGGAGGAUGUGGAGGUGGAAGCGUCUGCAUGUAACUCGGAGGUGCCGCCGGCCGAAAUGGGCACUUGCCGGACCAACACGUGCUCAGUGCAAAAGCCCGAGUCGAUGCUGAUGGAUUUGACGCUGCAGGCCACCGAGGGCUUCCUGCCGCUUGAUGGCUACAGCCUGGUCUUGAUUCUGCAGGAUAUUGUGGGGUUUGCCCUGCAAGGCGAGGUUGCAGAGGACAGCGGCAGUACGGUGCAGCUCAAGCUGGCAGCUUGUCGGCGCACAUUGAGUGGUGGAUGUCUUUCCUACGAUGAGCUUGCCAGCGAGUUCAACUCACCCGCUUUUGCUCGCACCGUAUUUGAUUCCACGGGCUACGUGUACACCACGCGACGAUCUUCGAACAACCAUGAUCAGUUGGCAAUCAUUCUGGCCGUGGCCAUGGGUUCUGCGGCUGGAAUUCUACUUGUAGCCGUUGUGAUCAUGUACCUGCAAUUUCGGCGAGCCCGCCGCCAGCAUGCGCAGGCUGCCGAGGCGCGGCUGGUCAAGCUCAAGCGGCGCAAUGACCGCCACUUGGCGUCAUCGGGCCUUAGUCAGAUGCGCACCACAACCGUGUAG